CGCAAUAAAACCGCAGGCACCGUCUCACAAACAUUGCGCCUAUAAAUUCUGUGGAACGUUAAAGAACCCACACACUGUUCGUAAAGGGAAGGGGACAUUCUUUUUUCCUUUUUUUUUUUUACUUUCUUAUCGUAUAAACAACAANAAUGCAUUGCCAAUAGCAAGCUAUAUCAAUAGCAACCGUUGCCUGGUUACAGCUUAAUCAGAUAAGUGUCGGUCUGCUGAGUGGGAGGCUGCCGAUUCAAACCCCAGCCUGACCAACACUCAGGGUCUUUAAAUAACUGAGGAGAAAGUGCUGCCUUUGUAAUGACAUCUACAACAAGCAGUUAGACUUUCUAGUCUUCUCGGAUAAGCGCAAUAAAACCGCAGGCACCGUCUCACAAACAUUGCGCCUAUAAAUUCUGUGGAACGUUAAAGAACCCACACACUGUUCGUAAAGGGAAGGGGACAUUCUUUUUUCCUUUUUUUUUUUUACUUUCUUAUCGUAUAAACAACAACAGCAACAACAGAAAUUCAUUUAUUAACAAAAAGAUAAAGGUUUACAAUGUUGGACGUCCCGGAAAUAGCUAUUAAGCUAAUCUAGGUAGGACAAGACAAGAGCCUUUAAACACUUAAUACAAAAAUAAAAGAAAUGCAAUUACUAGACUCAUUUUAGGAUAUAAAGCAGUUAUAGUCUAAGUAAACGGGAUUUUAAGUUAGCAUGUAAGGAGCGCCUAAAAGCAUGUUCGACUUCAUACCUUGCCUCCAGACUGCGAUUCACAUUAGGGGGCAUCAUUACACAGUCAUUACUUCAUUACUUAUAAACUGCACCAUAUACAGUCUGGCGAAAAGUUCCCCAACCAGCGUUUAAUCGAGUAAACACGGUAUAAGUGUUUUUUUUCUGGUUUUCUUAGGAUAGGGGAGUCCAUCUGGAACACCAAGACGAUCUUACCAGGUCAAUAUCUGACGGUGGUCUGGAUGUUAAGGUUCUUCUGGAUACGGACGGAGUUCUCCACUGGCCCGUGUUGUUUGUUUACCCAGAAUUUAAUCAAACAGACUUAAUAUCUUCAUUUAACGAGAACGACAGGUAACUUACUGAACAGCUGUUGUUCAUACCUUACAGCUUAAGUGAAAGAAGACUGAUUUUUUUUAUUUCUUCAAUGACAAGAGAAGAUAAGAGGAGUAAUACAUCAAAGACGAGGAUAACUUUUUCAUACGAUAUCCAAACACUCAGGAGUGAUACAGUAUCAAACACGAGAAGGAGUGUUUCAUCUGAUAUCCAAACAUUGAGAAGUAAUAUGUGAAACACGAGAAGGAGUGUUUCAUCUGAUAUCCAAACAUUGAGAAGUAAUAUGUGAAACACGAGAAGGAGUGUUUCAUCUGAUAUCCAAACCCCGAGAAGUAAUACAAACUCAAGGAGUGUUUUACUGAUAUCCAAACACCGAGAAGUAAAAUAUCAAACACUAGAAAAAGUGUUUUAUCGGAUAUGCACAGACCAAAAGGUCAUAAAUAAAACACGAGAAAGUGUGUUCUAUGUGAUACCAAAUACCGCGUGUUUUUCUUAUAUUCAAAAAACAAAUCCCUAGACUGGACAAGAGCGAGGCGUUAGGAGUAUUUUAAACUUAUUUCGUGGUCACAAGACGUCAGAUGAAAGAUUCUUUGCGGUGUACUAUAUCUCGUCUUAAUUUAGGGCCAAUGUUCGAAUAAUAUUUCUGGUUAUUACGUUCACUUUUCCAAACCUUAAUCAAAGUAGUGCUUUCAAUUUCUUUGUUUUGUCUUGCCAGUCUGAGAAAUUUCUUUUGCUGUUGCAUUUAGGAUCUCAGACCACUUACAUACUAUGUUCGAAGUUGAAUCGCCUCCAUGGGAUAUAGAAAACAAAUACAAGCCAGAAAGUCUGGAGGUUUAUUUCGAAGACGCUUCUAGUGAAAAGCUGUGUUUGGUGAAGAAUAAUAAAUGUCUUAAAGAUGUUCUCUCGGACUCAAGGUAUCUUGAAUAAAGUAGUUUUUACUUUAAAUAAAAAUUAUAUAUAGAGGUAUCUUGCAUGUUCUCUUUACAAUCCAACCUCAAAUAACAACUGAUUUGUUGAAUGAGAUGCUCCACAGUUACAUGUGUUUCCUUGAAUUUACAAAUGCUACCGAAGGUGAUUCGAUAGCUAUACAGCGUUGUCAAUCACGUGGCCAGCAUCUUUGCAGAUUUUUUGGAGCAAAAGAAAGCGUUUACAAAGGAAAGAGUUCAACUCCGACAGGUUUGGUCUGGAAGACCAACGUGGCCGCAAUUUUAUUGUAAAAACGCUGUGUAUAGUUGUGCCUGUAAGGUGUAAAACAGGUCAUACAUAUGUAUAAAUAGACAACUUUUCUUAAUUCCCAAAGAAAAACCAAAAAGCACUAUUUUGUGGCUAAAAUGUUUUAUUUUAUAUUUUUUUGUGUCCAGGUUGCUAGUAAGGGAACGAACACCCUCAUUCAUCAUCCUAAGCAAGGACUCUCCUUUCAGAACAACGUAUCUACAGCGCUAUCAAGUUGAACGAUGACAUCUUUGGUUAACUACUGUCAAAUAUCCGCUACUUCUUCGCGUCCUAUUUUCUCCGCCGCACUUUCCAUACGUUUUAAAAGAAACAGCAACCAAAUCGGAGUAAAUAACUGUUUCAGAACGUACUAAUAGCUCCUACAACAGAACGUUCCAGUAACUUACCUUUAAACAACAAUACCAGUAACUGUACGAUCUGCAUCAUCACCUAUUCCCUUUAGCCGUUUUGCCCUUUGGCAGAACUGUAGCCCUCUACCUUAACCAAACAGUGUUAUGAUCUGUGGGAGGUGCAAACACAUGCUACCAUAGUUGUCCGAACCAACGCGGCAAUUUUGAAAUCAUGGCUCUUUGUGCAACAAAAAGCUGCAUAUACCGGCUCCUUAGUAUGAUCCCAAGACUAUUGAGGGCCUUCUUUUCUUCUUUAUGAAGUAACCUCGAACUCCGUUCAUGGCAUAGAACCGGAUUAAACGAGCUUCCUUUAGUGUUUGACUUCUAUAAAUGCCCUCAGGCUAAAUUUGCCUGGUUUUGCGGGUGAACAAAUUUCAGGAAAACGUUAGGGGUAGCAAGGGUUGCAUAGUUGUUAGAGCAAUCGCCGCACAUCGAUGCGGCCUGGGUCUAAGUCCCAGCUUCGACGCCAUAUGUAGAUUGAAUUUGUUAUGGGCUUUCUUCUUUGCUCCAAGAUGUUUCUCCGGGCAUUCCGGUCAGUUUCAGAAACCUUACAAAAUACGAAGGAUACCCUGUUAUAGACUGGCAUUCAGUAUCCAUGGGGUAGUAAUACCCUGGUUGCUUUUUAUGAAACAGGAACCUAAUACGAUGGUAAUUCUUUGAUGGGUAGAUCCCAUCAAAGGGGGAGGGGUUGGUAAUGCAGCUAAGUACUUCAUGUUAUAGAAACCGGAAUGACCCCUGAGGUAUGGGUAUCCAAUGUCAAAUCGACCAAACCGUUUUUGGCGAAUGAAAUCCAGUUUAAAUAAUGCACCUUUUUCCUAACGAACUCCGUCGUCAAAUAUUUUUUCGUAUGUUUGUUAAAAUUAUGGGCUGGACCUUUUUUCCUAAGACAUAAUGCUAUAAUGCCGCUGCCCGGUUAGCUCAAUUGGUUAAGCGCCGGUCUGCCGAGCGGAAGGUCGCGGGUUCGAGCCCCGACCGGAGCAACACUCAGGGUCUUAAAAUAACUGAGGAGAAUAAUGUGCUCUCUUUGCUGUGACAUUUACAAAUGGUUAGACAUUCUAGUCUUCUCGGAUAAGAACGAAAAACCGUAGGCCCGUGUCACAGCUCUUUCAUUGUUCUGAUUCUUGUGGGACAUAGAAGAACCAACACUGCUUUUCGUAAAGAGUAGGGGGCGUAGACCCCGGUGGUGUGGUACAACCUUUCAUGGGCUGGGUGGGUAAUGAAGGGGCUGAUAUCAAUUUGGACGUUAGUCCUUUUUCAUCCCCUGUCACGGUGUUGAGUCACCGUGGCGAAUUCAAUAAAGCAAAACUGGAAGAAGUAAGUCUAACGUUUGCAAGUUGCAGACUUUGUCCGUUCCUACAGUUAUGCAAAUGAGAAACGAAGAAAUUAAUCGAUAAAACUGACAAAAACUUUCAUAUUUUCUCAAUAUUCGCACUCUUGCAAAUGUAUCGCGUCCUGACAUAUCUUGAAUCAGCAACAGCUUCUUCUCACAGUCGAACCUCCGCUAACGGCUGUCUCAUGACAACGGCCAGUUUUAUGGCGGAUCAAGUCUAUAUAUUGACUCCUCUUUAAACCUCUGAUCUCUACAAUGGCCACUUUCUUCUGUCCCUAAGGGGCCGACCAUUUAACUCUCGAGGGGGGGGGAGGGGGGAAGGGUGAUUUUGAAAAAAAAAUUCCUGCAAGCGCUUGUCGGAAGAAAAAAAUUGCAUGCAGCACAAAUGUAAUAGAAAGCUUAUCGGAAAAAAAGGGAAAAAAAUAUCCUGCCCACCAGGAUUGCUAGAAAAAAAAACUCUUGAUGACCAAAAAUCACCCCCCCCCCCCCCCCCCACCCCCCCCCCACCCAACAACACACCCCCCACCCGCCCCCGCCGGCCGGGCCCCGGGGCGCGCCUCUGCCUGUCACUGCAAGCACACAACCGCCACAAAAAAACAAAAAAAAUAUUACUACUUUUAUCAAUUUUUAGUUCGAUUAUUAUCCUGUCUACCUUCAUCGAGCACGCGCAAUAAACGUGGGGGGGGGGGAGAGGGGGGGAAGGGGAAUUGAAAAAAAAAAAACCCGCACACGCUUGUGGGAAAAAAAAAAAAAUACAGACACAAAAAAGAAAAAAAAAGUUUUAGGAAAAAAAAGGAAAAAAAAAUACCCCCCCCCCGAGGUUCGCAAAAAAAAAACUCCUUUGAACCCAAAAACCCCCCCCCCCCCCCCCCCCACCCCGCCUCAAGAGUUAAAUGGUCGGUCCGUAAGGUGGCCGUUGUGGAGAGGUUCAACUGUACUAGUGUUACCAUAACGACCACAAAAAACACAUAACAACAGCAAAUUUAUUUUUGUCUCAUAUGCUUUAUUUGUGCUGGCUCUGCGAUCGCAGUUUCACCAAAAAUCUCUGUGAUUAGUAUCUUACGGUAGCCGGGUUUCUUACUAUUUAUCUUGGCUAGCUUUGGCUAAUGCGUUUAACUUUUGAUCGAAAUCCAGAAUCUCGUACUAAAAAUAUCCGGAAGCAUGAAUUGGCCACAUUACCACAGCUACUAGAUAUACAGAUAACGGCAAGAUAAAUAUAGUUUUCCAAGAAUAACUGAUGUUUCUUUACCUUCCUUCUAUUCAGAAAGCUUUUCAGUUUCAUACUCUGUUUUUUGGUUAAAACUCCUUCAACACGGCCUGAAAACGAACUCAUUUACUCCUUUACAAGUCUAACUUAGCGAUGUUUUUCAUAUAUUCAUUUGUAGUUUUUGUAGUCUACGCUUCAGUCAUAGUAUCAGAUUUUUGUAAAAAAUGUUGAAUGCUAUUAUAAAAGCACCUAUAAGUUUUUUCUUUUUUUUUGAUGAAUAACGAAGCGACUCACCGGUGUGACGAACUCCGUGUGAUAUGUUACUAUGACAAAAAUAGAAAUGAACAACACCCAGGGAAGAAAUUUUUUGAACAUGCGUCAGGACUUGACUAUUCACUAGCCUCUUUUUGUUAUAGCGAUUUUCUAAAUAUCUUAGUGCUUAUUAUUUCAACUAUUUAAUGCUAAGUUUCACUGCAUUCUUCUUAAGAUAUACUUCCUCAGAGAUAAGUAACAAUGUAAAUCGCAUGUAUUACCAUAACUACAGCCUAAACAGAUAAUAACAAAUACGUAAUAUGCGUCAGUAGAUAGGCCAGAGUCAUCCACAAUGCAAUGGGCGUUUUCAUUUACGUAACAAGCUAUGUUUCUAUGACAACUAGAAAACAAACAAGAAAGGAUAAUCGAAAGUUGAUCCCCAUAAAAACGACAUGCUAUUAUUGGAUGAUGGGCGUGGAAUGAUUUCAGUUGCUUCUCUUACGUUAAAUGCAACGAACAAACAAACUCUGUGACGCGCUGCAUGUUUGUCCUUGCGUAUAGAAACGAAAAAUAAAGGUAUAAAUUCUUUUCACUGUACUGAGAAAGUAGUUUCCACUCCGGAUUGUGAGAAGCAAAUGGCAUUUGUACCGUACGUUCCAAGCGUUCACUACAUUCCAACUAGUUCAAAUAGUUCCUGCAGGAAUAUUAUUUCAUCAACCAGUUCAACUUAUGUAUAUUCCAGACCCUUGUCAGCUUCACAUCUAGAAAAUGUCACUUUGUACCCUGAACAGCAGCCAUUGAACCUCUCUGAUGGCGUUAACCCAGGUUUGUUGUUAAUCACCUUAAAAGUUGGCGCAGUAUGGCCGAAUAUCCAGGAAAGUUUCAAAAAUUAUUCCCGCACCACUAAAAGCAGAAACUUGUAACCCUGUUUCUAUUCUUUAUUAGUCUUCGUAUUUUCUAAUAGUAUAUUAUUUAAUUUAAUUAUUAAUCACUAAGGAACGUUCAUUUUUCUUUCAGCAUGAAGCAAAUGGGAAGAUAAAAAAAAAUAGUAAAAAAGAGUAAAUCAAACUGGAAACCUUUUUCGUUGGUUGAGCAUCGUCGUGAUCAGGAAAACUUUCAUCACUGACGAUCGAUUUGGGUUCUAUGAAUAAAACCUUGAUUUCCAAAAUGAUAGCCCACUUUUAACCAUCAGUAUGUUUCUCGAAAAUCAGCCGUUUUAGCUACAGUAUACAAAUCUUUCGAGUGAGCCGGUACGCCUACCAUGCGCUUUUUACACUGAAACUGGUUUCAAAGUCAGACAGGAGCGACUCUAAUUUUUUUUCUUUUUCACCGGUCGGGUUGAGCAGAAUAAAUACCAAUUUUUUGAACACAAACUACCGGCCCGAGAAAAAUGUAAUAAAUACAAUUUCUUGACAUAUAAUUGAUAAUAGUAAUAAACCCCUGAAUACCAAAAUCAAGUUCUGUUUUGCUUGAUAUAACGAACUUUCUUUAAAGUUUUAAUGAGCCAAGUUGAUUCGUUUUUCGGCCUUCAGUUCUGUAAACGUCUCACUGCAAACUUAAUUCUGAAGUUUUGCGUUCAAAUUCAACCGUUCAGUAACUUGACUGAAAAAUUUGGGGCUUACAAGAUCGCCUGGUGCGGACUCCUUAACAAUAUGUUUAUAGGUUAGGAGAGAAAAAUUUCAGUCCAGGUAAAAAAUUAAAGUGUGAUAUCUGACUAACUUAGUCAGAUAUCACGCCGUAAUUUUUUUUACCUGAACUGAAAUUUCGGAAAAGUUCAGAAUCGCUUUCAACAGUGAUGACCGGCUGAAAGGAGGUGAUCCCAUGCAAAAAAUAUCACAUAUUAAGUAAAACAGACCUUGUUAAUUCAAAACUGGCGAUAAGCUGCUCAUCACCAGUUUUGACUGACCUGGUUAGGGUUAGGUUUAGCUAUUUUUCAUUUUUAUUAUUACAGCGUGCCUAAUUAACUCUCAGUGCAAACCACAUUUUAUUCACAGCCGUGCAGCCUCAAGAUCAACAAACAAAAGUAGGGCACCACAAAAGAACUCAUUUUACUGUUUUGCAGCGACGUGAGUUGGAGAAGAUAUNGCUAUUUUUCAUUUUUAUUAUUACAGCGUGCCUAAUUAACUCUCAGUGCAAACCACAUUUUAUUCACAGCCGUGCAGCCUCAAGAUCAACAAACAAAAGUAGGGCACCACAAAAGAACUCAUUUUACUGUUUUGCAGCGACGUGAGUUGGAGAAGAUAUUUAGCGAGUCUCAGUACCUCACACCUCAGAAACGCGAGUCAAUCUCCCAACAGCUGGGAAUUACUGAGGAAGUAAUUCAGGUAGAUUAAGCUAAAAUAUAGAUUUAGCCAGGCCAAAAUCUUUUAAGAAAUUUAAAAAAAAGAACUCGUCACAAUGAGUUAUACACGUGAGCCCAUGAUACAAUCAUGUGACACUGGUCAGCAGGUACCCUAUUUUGACAGCUAUCUUUUAAACAUAAAGUUUAUGUCCAAUAUCAAGUUAAACACAGGUGGUGUGUAAGGCCUUAUUGGUGUAACAUUUUAUCUCCUCUAACAUAUGUAUGGGCGGACGUACGGACGGGCGAUUUUUCACAACCAAAAUUUCUUGGAUGCUUAGGUAAUCAAAUUUUAUUGCCCAUGGUACAGUCAACCCCGUUAAUACGGACACCGAAGGGGCCAUAGACAGUUUCUUUAUGAACGGGGUGUUCGUAUUAAGCGGGUAAUGUUAUUAAAGUCAAAAAUAUACUUUUUAUUCAGAUCAAAAUACUACAAAAAUACAACAGGACACUUAAUUGCAUCGUCAAACUUAUCUCUAAACUUCACUAAGCCGUUGUUCCUUGGACUAUUCCAUGAAAAUGCUCAAUAGUCUCGACAAAAUCGCUCAUUAUACGUUACGUAAUCAAAAACCGUUCCGGCUCUGCAUAACUCCUAUGAUGUCAAAAAUAGUCAUUCUAUCUGGUGUACUAUGGGGCUGGGAACAUUGACAUUAUAUGUCAGAUAAAGAUUUUUUUACCUUCAAAAGAGAACGUUAUUACAGCACGCAGUGGACAAUAAAGUGUCUGCAUUAACGCCGAGGUUGACUUUUUAGGAGAAUCUGUUCAUUAGUCAAGAAAAAGGUGUCCAUUGUCCUCUGGGGUGUCGGUAUUAAGCGAGUUGAAUUAGAUAAAAUGUAAGGGCUUUCCCCAGGGACAAAGAAACUUGUCCGUAUAAUGACAAGGUGCAUGUCCGAUCCGUACUCAGCGGCCGUGUCAGUAAAGCAGGAUUCGACUGUAGUUCGUUGUUAUACGACACUUAUCAGAUUUGUCCUGAAAGUAAUUUUUUUCUUUACAGACCUGGUUUAAAAACAGACGAGUGAAAUGGCGCAAAGAACAGCGAAAGCGGCAGUCUGUUGCGGUAUCUACACCCCCCUCACUGUCAACUGGUCUUUAUUUCCACUACUUUGGUCAUGUGCCAUAUCCAAGCAGUAAAUUGAUGCUUAAGGAUGCCCGGAUGUUGUAUGGUUCAGCUGCGUCUUCUCAAGAUUAA